AUGAGUAUCGCGCAAUAUGCUCACACAGCAUCCAUAUUAUCAAAUGGAUCAGUGUUAGUUACUGGUGGACAGAACAGCAUUGGUUCUCACAAUAAUGUUUUAUUGUAUAAUCAAUCAGCAGGCAUUUGGACAACUACAGGAAGCAUGAAUGUCGCACGACAAUAUCACACAGCAUCCAAAUUAGCAAAUGGAUUAAUAUUAGUUGCUGGUGGAGAGAACGAUGUUACUUAUCUCAAUAGUGCUGAAUUGUACAAUUCAUCAACAGGCACUUGGAUACUCACAGGAAGCAUGAGUGUCAAACGGAGAUUUCACACAGCAUCCACAUUAGUAAAUGGAUUUGUAUUAGUUGCUGGUGGAUUUGACGGUGCUUCUGUUCUAAGUAGUGCUGAAUUGUAUAAUCCAUCAACAGGCACUUGGCCAACCACAGCAAACAUGAAUGUCGCACGA